AGCAUGACGCAGAAUACCGGCAUACCAAUCAGUUACCCAGUGAUGUCCCCAAUGGAUGAUCUGAAUAAGUAUGCACAUUUGUUACAGGUCAUUGAAGAAAUGGGACGAGAUAUCAAACCAACUUAUGCAAAUAACAAAAAUGCUGCUGAGAGACUGAAGAAAAAUAUUCAUACAGCCAGAAUUUUGGUCAGAGAGUGUGUUUCAGAACUGGAACGUGUCAUGAAGGCUUAAUCCUCACAUUACGGAUUUCGGAUAGAC